AUGGCGGACGCCGGCGACGACAGCAGGGCGCUGGUGCCCGCGCGUCCCCGCGCCUAUGCUGUGGCGCCGCUGCGGACGCGGACUCCGCCGCUGAGGCAGAAGUGGGAGGUGGAGUACGCGCGCUACUUCGGCACGCCGCGGCGGGAACCCUCCGCGCCGCCGCCCCCCGGGCUCCGCCACAUUACCCGGGGCAUCCAGCGCCACCAAGGCACCUGGCUCCCCGCGUCAUCCCCCGCCGCGCUCUGCAUCUCCUGCCCCACCCUCCCCUCCGCGGUCCCCGUCCUCACCGUCUCCAUCGGCGACGUUGUCUUCGAGGAGCACUUUGUGUCGAUUCUCAACUUUUCAUGGCCUCAGGUUACUUGUGUGACGCAGUGCCCCAUCAGAGGUAGCAGGGUGGUGUUCAUGAGCUUUUGUGAUAAGUCUAGACAGAUCCAGAAGUUUGCUGUACGUUUCCCACAGCUAUGUGAUGCAGAGUCGUUCUUAAAUUAUGUGAAGUGUUCAUGCGAAACCAUGGACAUCAUACCAUCUGGAAGUGAUUAUGUGUGUGAAGAUUCAUCAGCAUCUGAAUAUAUUGCUUCUAAUGGACUUCACCACAGGCCUGAUGAUGCUUCAAGCUUUGAGGAGCAAGCUUCUGAUCACAUGAUAGAGGCACCAACAAUGAGCUACCAUGAGGAACCGGACCUGCCUGUUAUUGAACCUCUCAGUGGUAGCAACACUAAUUACAGCUACUCUGGUUUCCCUCCUAGUUUCAGUCAAAUGCUGACAAAUUGUUCAACUGAGAACGCACAAGAUACUGAGGAACCUUAUCCAGUGGGUACAACAAAUCAUGCCCCUCAAGAGGUAUAUGCACUGGAUACUUCUCAUGAUGUUGCCACUGAAGAAAUGACUGCUGAUAAAGGAACAGAUGCUGGUGAGGAAAUUGAUACCAGUAUAUUAACAGGUGACAUAAUGACACGGAUAAAGACAUAUAUGGCUGAUGACUCCUUUAAUGAUAUGUUGUUCAAGCUUGAGAAAGUCAUUGAUGAACUUGGUGGUGACAUGUCGCUGUAGAUAGCAAAACCUCUUCUGUGCUGGAGGAAGGCCUUAAUUUGUCUCUGGUCAUAUAUACUAUGUAGUAGUUCACCUAGUGUCCAUUGCAACUACUGCGCCUGCCAAAAACAUCCAUGUCUGUUCACGGAUGCGUAAGGAAAAAUACGAAGUAUGCACUUCUCUAGCUACCUACA